AUGAUCCCACUCUCACAAGAAGCUCUGGGCAACCCGCUAACUGACUCAACAGUGUCGGAAGCUGUCGGCGACCUCUACGAGGUCCUCCAAGUCCCGCGAAGUGCAAGCAAAGACGAGAUCCGAAAGGCCUACCGCAAAGCAGCCCUAGCAAGCCAUCCGGACAAAGUUCCCGAAGCCGAGCGCGAGACCGCCGAGAUCCGGUUCAAAGCCGUCCAGCAAGCCUACGAUAUCCUUUACGAUGACGAUAAGCGACACCUCUACGAUACACAUGGCAUGAGCGCGUUCAACGGUUCCGGUGAGCCGGGGAUGGGUGGAGGACCGGAUCUCGAUGAUAUACUUGCGCAGAUGUUUGGAAUGGGCGGGGGUGGUAUGGGUGGAAUGCCUGGUAUGGGCGGCCAGCGGAGACCGCGGGCGAGCCCCAACGAGGAGCAGAAGUACGAGGUUAAGUUGGAGGAUCUGUAUAAGGGAAAGACGGUCAAGUUUGCCAGCACAAAGAAUGUGAUUUGCAGUCUUUGCAAGGGGAAGGGUGGGAAGGAGAAGGCCACGGCCAAGAAGUGCUCGACAUGUGAUGGACAAGGUUUCAAAGAGGUGUUGACUCGGGUGGGUCAGUUCUUGACCCAGUCUACUGUUGUCUGUUCAACGUGCAACGGCGACGGCCAGUUCUUCGCCGCUAAGGAUAAGUGCAAAAAGUGCAAGGGCAAGAAGACAAGCGAGGAGAAGAAGAUGCUGGAGAUGUACAUUCCUCGCGGGGCAAAGGACGGCGACCGCAUUGUCCUACACGGCGAGGCAGAUCAAGUCCCCGGUCAAGAACCGGGCGACAUUAUCUUCCACCUAGUAGAAGAAGAACAUGAUAUCUUCCAACGCGCAGGCGCAGACCUCAUGGCGUCGAUCGACGUUACCUUGGCCGAAUCACUCACAGGCUUCAACCGAGUAGUCAUCAAGCACCUCGACGGCCGUGGCAUCGAGAUUCAACACCCCAAAGUCCCAGGCCAGGUCCUUUCACCCGGUCAGGUGCUCAAGGUUCCCGGCGAGGGCAUGCCAAUCAAGCGUUCCGAUGCUCGCGGUGAUCUAUACCUCGUCGUGAACAUCAAAUUCCCCGACGAGCAGUGGAAGCCCAGCGCCGCAGUCCUGGAACGGCUGAAGGAGAUGCUUCCCCAGUCCGAUGUGCGCGUUCAAGCUGACACGGCCGAAGACGUCCAAUAUGACACCAAUGGCAAACUGGAGGACUUCGGCUCCAAAGAUCCUAGCGGAGGGUCCGCCUGGGAGGACGACGAAGAAGAGGGCGGACAAGCGCAAUGUGCGACUCAGUGA